AUGACCAAGCUCCCCACUCCUCCUCCACAGCCGCCGCCGCCGCCGAUCAUAAUCAGGGAAGUCUGGGCGUCCAACCUGGAGGCCGAAUUCGACCUCAUCCGCGACGCAAUCGACGACUUCCCUUUCAUCUCCAUGGACACCGAGUUCCCCGGCGUCGUCUUCCGCCCUCCCCCACCCUCCAUCGACCAGCAGCGGAGGAAUCCCUCCGACCACUAUGAGCUCCUGAAAUCCAACGUCGACGCGCUCAAUCUCAUCCAGGUCGGCCUCACCCUCUCCGAUUCCGAAGGUAACUUGCCGGAUCUGGGGACCGGAGGCAGGCAGAGGUUCAUCUGGGAGUUCAACUUCAGGGACUUCGACGUGGAGCGUGACUCCCACGCGCCGGACUCCAUCGAGCUGCUGCGGCGGCAGGGGAUCGAUUUCGCGAGGAAUAAGGUGGAAGGGGUUGACUCGGGCCGGUUCGCGGAGCUGAUGAUGUCGUCGGGGCUCGUCUGCAACGAGUCGGUGAGCUGGGUGACGUUCCACAGCGCGUACGAUUUCGGGUACCUGGUCAAGAUCCUGACCCGGAGGUCGCUGCCCGGCGGGUUGGAGCAGUUCUUGGGCCUGUUGCGGGUGUUUUUUGGGAGAAGGGUUUACGAUGUGAAGCAUAUGAUGCGGUUCUGUGAUAGCUUGUAUGGUGGGCUGGACCGGGUGGCCCGGACGCUGGAGGUGGAUCGGGCCGUGGGGAAGUGUCACCAGGCCGGAUCGGAUAGCUUGCUGACGUGGCACGCGUUCCAGAAGAUGAGGGAUGUGUUCUUCCUCAAGGAUGGGCCCGAAAAGCAUGCGGGCGUCUUGUAUGGGCUGGAGGCCUUUUGA